UGUCCAGCCCAGGCCGGAGCUCCAGCCCCUCCCGGACCCAAGAGGGCAUUUAUUGCGCACGCGCGGGGAGGAGCCGCGGGGCACGCCGGGAGCAGGUGUGUCUACACAUGGCUGCCGAGGAAGCAACCGUCACAGUUCGCCUCAUCCGUUCAUUUGAGCAUCGAAAUUUCAAGCCUGUGGUAUAUCAUGGAGUUAAUUUGGACCAAACUGUGAAGGAAUUUAUAAUAUUUCUAAAGCAAGAUGUCCCUUUGAGGACCAGCCUGCCACCACCACUCAGAAAUUACAAAUAUGAUACACUAAAGAUUCUUCAUCAAGCUCACAAAGCAAAGACAAAUGAGCUUGUGUUGGGUUUGGACGACGACGACACACUCCUGCUGAAGGAGGACAGAACGCUCAAGGACUCAGGAGUAGAAGACGGAGUCCUUGACCCGCUAGGUUGAAAGCUCCGUGGCCGCCCUGAACCUCUGUGGGUCCUUUAGCUGAGCCAUCUCCCCCGUGAAUAAUUAGAGGCAUUUGAAGGUAUUGCAUAGAAGCCAAUUUGUGUCUUUCACUUUGCAUAUUGCUGAAGCCUC